CGAGCAUCAAUUUACCUGAGCGGAGCGGCGCGUCUUUCCGCUGCAGUACUAACAGGGGAUUAUUAUAAAUACGGAGGAAAAGCCUCUUUAUAAACUUUAUUUUGUGGUUUAAAUUCUGCGUGUGAAACAUCAGACAGACGCGAUGCAGCAGCCCCAGAACGCGCCGCAGACGAAUGCGCAGAACGCGGAUCCUGCAGAUGUGUUUAUGAAGCGGCGACGGACAGCUCUCUGGUGUUCAGUGUCUCUGUUUGGACUCUCUGUUCUUGUUCUGGUGGUCGGGCUGCUGUCAGCCACACAGACGUAUAAUGUGGCUGUGUCUGGAUACUAUCCCGGGAUUAUACUGAGUUUUGGAGCGUUCUUGGGUAUUGUUGGUCUGAACCUGGUGGAGAACCGCAGGCCGAUGUUGAUGGCGUCCAUCAUCUUCAUCAGUCUGGGUGUUGUGUCGUGUUUCCUCUGCGCCAUCAUUGAUGGCAUCAUCGCCGCUGAGUUCAUUGACAGGAGGCCUCUGAUGGAGGGCCGCUGUGAGUUUUACUCAAGCAAUUCUUACGGCUAUGAAAACUACUACGCUGAGGUUCCCUGUCAUUCCUAUGGUAAUCAGUGUAAACUCAAGGUGAAGAGCAACACCUGCUACUGCUGUGACUUAUUCCAAUGUGACAGUGUGAACUAUCAUGUGCAGUACUAUGAGUUUACGGGCGUGAGAAGCUGCUGGGAUGUGGUGAAUCUGUAUCGUCUGCUGUGGGCCUGUGUGGCGCUCAAUGUGCUCGGUGUGUUUCUCGGCAUCAUCACCGCCGCCAUACUGGGAGCCUUCAAAGACUUGGCUCCCACGGAUCAAAGUCACAUGACACCUAGUCCGGCUCCACCCCCCCACAUCCUGUACAACCCCACCCAACACCUGAUCACCUACACCGGCUUCUGCCCCUCCGGACAAACUCUACCCGCCUACCCAAACUACCCGCUGCCCACACAGCAUCUGAAUGGUUAUCCAGCUUCAGCCACGGGCCAGUCCAUUCCUGAGGUCUCAACCUCCACGUCUGAUGAGACUCAAGCGGCUGCUCAGAGCGGGACGAACUCAGCUGUACCCACUCAAUCCACGUCUCAGGACAGCAGCGGUUACAUGCCGACUCCAAACGCUCCCUCACUCUAUGCUCACUUAUUAGGGCCCUUCGAAAAGCCUCCACCCUACGCCUGCUGAAAACAUAUAAAUCAAGAACACUGACCUCUGAUGGGCACUGCUGCUAAUGACCCUAGAAAGUCUCCGUAAUUGUGAAUUAUUCUUGUUGCAAAUGUAAUCAGUGUUGUUCUCUAUUAGUUUCCAAAACCUGUUUAAACUGAAUUUGAGCUUUUAACCCUCUUCUUUCUGUGGGACCAUAGAUUUAUUUAUUGAAUCAUAUCCUUGUCCUCCAUCUCCUUAGUUUUACCAUCAAUUCAAGCCCGAAAGGGGAACAGAGUCGCGUGUCAGAUACAGUGAUUAAGCUCGUAUGUGUUUUCAGUACACAAGCCACAGACGGUUAAGAUAGCAGACUCCACUGUGUGACUCUCUCUCUCUCACACACACACAC